CGCUGCCCAAUCCCGAGCGCGCGACGGCCUCCUCGGGGCGGCGGCGGCACGCGCCGGGGCUGCGGGGCCGCGGCGGCGGGAGGUGUCGUGCGGCCGCGCCACGCGGGGCCGGGGCGGCGGACGGCGGCGGCGGCUCUGCUCUUAAGACGUUGUAGCCAUGACUAAGAGAGAGGCAGAGGAGCUGAUAGAAAUAGAAAUUGAUGGAACUGAGAAACAGGAAUGCACUGAAGAAAGCAUUGUUGAGCAGACUUACACCACAGCAGAAUUUGUGAGUCAAGCUAUUGACAUCAAUGAACCAAUUGGAAAUCUUAAGAAGUUGCUGGAACCCAGACUGCAGUGUUCCUUGGAUGCACAUGAAAUUUGCCUACAAGAUAUCCAGCUGGACCCAGAUCGAAGCCUUUUUGAUCAAGGAGUAAAAACAGAUGGAACAGUCCAACUCAGUGUGCAAGUAAUAUCUAGGCAAGGGAUAGAGCCCAAGUUGAACAUCCUUGAAAUUGUGAAGCCUGUGGAGACUGUGGAGGUAGUGAUUGAUCCGGAUGCUCAUCAUGCAGAGACUGAAGCUCACCUUGUUGAGGAAGCUCAAGUGAUAACCUUGGAUGGAACAAAACAUAUUGCAACAAUUUCAGAUGAAACCUCUGAACAAGUGACACGAUGGGCUGCAGCACUGGAAGGCUACCGAAAGGAGCAGGAGCGCCUUGGAAUACCCUACGACCCAGUGCAGUGGUCGACAGACCAGGUCCUGCACUGGGUGGUGUGGGUGAUUAAGGAGUUCAGCAUGACUGACAUUGACCUCAAUGCACUCAGCAUUCCUGGGAGGGAGCUCUGCAGCCUCAGUCAAGAAGACUUUUUCCAGCGUGUCCCACGGGGAGAAAUCCUCUGGAGCCAUUUGGAGCUUCUUCGCAAGUAUGUCUUGGCUAGCCAAGAACACUCUGGAGAGAUAGCAACUGUUACUAUUGAUCAGCCUGUGCAGAUUAUUCCAGCAUCUGUACAGCCUGCUACCCCAACCACCAUUAAAGUAAUAAACACCAGUGCAAAGGCAGCUAAAGUACAGAGAGCUCCAAGGAUCUCUGGGGAAGAUAGAAGUUCCCCUGGGAACAGAACAGGAAACAAUGGCCAGAUCCAGUUGUGGCAGUUUUUAUUAGAACUUCUCACUGACAAAGAUGCUCGGGACUGUAUUUCUUGGGUUGGUGAUGAAGGAGAGUUCAAACUGAACCAACCUGAACUGGUUGCGCAAAAAUGGGGACAGCGCAAGAACAAGCCCACAAUGAACUAUGAGAAGCUUAGUCGAGCUUUGAGGUAUUACUAUGAUGGAGACAUGAUCUGCAAAGUGCAAGGCAAGAGGUUUGUGUACAAAUUUGUCUGCGACUUGAAAACUCUGAUUGGAUACAGUGCAGCAGAGUUGAAUCGGUUGGUCACAGAAUGUGAGCAGAAGAAACUAGCCAAGAUGCAGCUCCAUGGUAUUGCACAGCCAGUUACCGCAGUGGCACUAGCUACAGCUUCCCUGCAAACAGAGAAAGAUAAUUAAGCACUAGGACCUGAAAAUGGGAGCCUGAGGCCUUUCCUAUAUAACCAGAGCUGUUGCUGCUCUUACCCUUACCAGAAUUGGAAGCUUUUGUUUCUUGGCAGUACAGUGUAGUGCAUGAUUUUCUACAAAGAACUGAGACUCGCGUCAAUUUGGAUCUUUUAACAGCCUAUAUUUCAGUGUAAGUUAAGGGAUCACCACAACUUCUGCAGCUUUGAGUCAAGGCCUCUAUGGUCUGCAAUCUGAAAUGGGUGAGAAAGGUUGAACUGAUCAGUGCUCCGUGUCCACAGCUGUGCAAAGGAAUUUGUGCAGCGCUUUUAACACGAAGUACCUACAGCAAGCAGGUUGAUCAGUUGUCUGGACUCAGUCCUUUCCAGUCUUUUGUUCUCUGCUGAACUACCAAAUGGUAUUUGAUGCUUUCAAAGUUAAACAUGUUAAUUAUCUCAUUUAAUCAAGCAGAGCCAAAAGACACAUUGUUACAAAACAUCAGGUUCUUAAAAUAGUUUCUGUUAUUAUAAGCAAAGGAAACUAAGACUAAACCGAACUGAAGAUCAGUGCUGAAGAAGGAGAUCCAGGUUUAGAUCUGGCUUAGGUGAAAAGCCAAUUAUUAGUAUUUCAUUGUAAUAUGUAGAUAAUAUGCAUAUAUGAGGGCAACUACUUACCUGUUUUGAAAGGCAUUGUUAACUUUAGCCAUUUAGCAAAAAGCGAAGACAAACUUCUUUCCCCACUACCACCCCUCAUCAGGUGAUUUGAAAACUUGAAAACAUAGCCCUCACCCAAAGAGUAGUUUGUUUUGGUGGGGAUUUUUAAUGCUCUGGUCUGCAAGGUGCUCGUACCUGCACCAGUUGUCAACCUUAGUAAUUGAAGACUUAAGUUAAUCACAGUCAGUAGUCCCUGUUCAGAAACAAAAUGCAAACUGAAAAUAGUGUUACAGAUAACUGAAGUUUGAUUUCCAAAGUAUUAUACGGUCUGACAUUUUAAAAUACAAAGUAAUUUCUUAUUUAAAAUUAACUUUUUUCUGAACUUCAAGUGAUGUUUUUGAAGCUUUAUAAGACAAAUGCAUGCUCCAGAUCUGGAUGAAAUUUAAAGUCUGGAUGUUGAAUAGAAAUAAUUUGAAUAUAUCCUAAAUUCAGAGCUAUGGAGAGUACUUCAGUAAAAAGUAGGCUGCAACUUUUGAAUUUCUGUACUGAUGUCUGUUAGACUAUUUCUUUUGAUGGCUGAAAUUUUUGUGGUUUUGCUUUUGCCCCUACAUGUUAUUGCCAGUAUAAAUAUCAUAAUACCAUGCAUAUUUCUCAACUUCGUAUAAGAGAAACCCCCUCUGGUACUACUUGGCAAUUAAAAUGCAAAUGGAUAAGGGAAAACCUUUAAUUCUGUGCGGGAUCAAGCUACUCUUAAACCUUAAAUCAAAAGUUCUUGUACAGUGAGGUUCUUAACAUAGAUUGUGUUUAUACUGAGCAGUGAGAGCUCUGGACUGUUCCUCUAGAUCUAAAAAGGAAUGGUCCUACUUGUGGGCAGAGGGCAAAGAACAUGGAAGACAUGUUUGUUGUAAAGAUGCAUUGAGAACAAAGCUUUUUGUUUGUAGGUUCAUCAGCAGAUAGGUUUUGCUUAACUAGAAAUCUUGCAUGUAGUUACAGCCUACUUUUUAAUCAGCAGCAUGAUUAUAAUUUCUUUUUUGCAAGAUUCUUUCAGUUUCUGUUCUUGAGCUCUUAAAGCUAAGCAUGCUGGUUUUAUUUUGAUUUUGAAAACUCUUAAGCCCUGUGCAAAACACAUGAGUGUGUCUGUCACGAGAGGUCAGCCAUGAAUCCAUUUAUUACUGUUACAGUAGUAAUAAACCAGUCAGCGAGUGUUUGAGGUGAUUUGCACAAAUAGAUGCAGGUUUGCUUACUAAAAAUAAGAUGAAGCUGAUAGUUGGGUGGCAGCAGCUACGUGUAGCAGUGCUCCCUUGCUAAACAGAAGUCUAAUACAAGUCACUAGUUCUAUUUAGCAGGGUCAUGAAGAAGCCUUUUUAGUCAAAAUACAGUAUAAUAAGAAGAGAAACAUAAUCUUUCUAGACCAAACUGGCCUAUGGAAGGAUAAGCUUAACAGGAAAAUUGAAAUGCAGCAUCAAUGCUUUAUCCCCCUGAACGCUCUUGUUACAUGAUGAGCCCUCUAGGGGAAACUUCUGAUAAAACACUUUCUUUGUGAAUACAUUCGACUAUUAUUUUGCAGCUUUUCAGUAGGUAUGAUAGCCCUGUGAGUUCUUUGUUGUGGGAUCAUCCGCUUUUCCACUGUCUUCUAAUUAGUAAAGAAGGAAUCCUUCAAACAGUAGAAAAUCACUGUCACAUUCUCUGUAAUUGAGGGAGAAAUCUGUGACUAACUUGAUGUCUUCAAUAAAAUAAAAGAUGUAGAAUAUAUUGUCAAAGGUUCAGUUGCUGCCAGAAGGAAACUAUAGAAAGAAUAUUCCCAAUUUUUUGUAAAAUGGAAGGCUUUUUGCAUACUUUUUACUCUUAAUAAAUAAAGACACUUAUACUCUGCUAAUAAUUAUGUAUUUCUUUUGUGGUUUUUGUUUUUUGGUAAUUUUACAUGAAACAAUUAUUUUCUAUUUUUACUCUGAUAAAAUAUUUGUGCAUAAAAUGUCAAUAUAGUAAAAUAAAAAUGUUAUACAGCUAA